CCUCCCCUCGGCGCGGUGCCGGCCGCCUCCCGCCGCCCCUGGAGCUCCGGCGGCGCCCCGGCUCCCCGCGCGGCGGCGGAGGGGGCGGGCAGGCCGGCGGGCGGUGAUGUGGCGGGACUCUUUGUGCACUGCGGCAGGAUACGCGUUCGGGCGCCGGGACGCGGCUGCGCUCAGUUCUCUCCUCUCGGAAGCUGCAGCCAUGAUGGAAGUUUGAGAGUUGAGCCGCUGCGAGGCGAGGCCGGGCGCAGGCGAGGGAGAUGAGAGACGGCGGCGGCCGCGGCCCAGAGCCCCUCUCAGCGCCCGUGAGCAGCCGCGGGGGCAGCGCCCUCGGGGAGCCGGCCGGCCGGCGGCGGCGACAGCGGCGACGCUCCUCGCCUCCUCUCGGUCUUUUCUAACCGUGCAGCCUCUUCCCGGCUUCUCCUGAGAGGGAAGGUGGAAGCCUUGGGCUCGGGCGGGAGCCGGCUGAGGCGCGGCGGCGGCGGCACCUCCCGCUCCUGGAGCGGGGGGGAGAAGCGGCGGCGGCGGCCGCAGCUCCGGGGAGGGGGUCGGCGUCGCCUGUCACCAUUGCCAGGGCUGGGAACGCCGGAGAGUUGCUCUCUCCCCUCCUCCUGCCUCCAACACGGCGGCGGCGGCGGCGGCACGGCCAGGGACCCGGGCCGGUUCUAAACCUCCCCUCCGCCGCCGCCGCACCCCCCUCGGCCCGGGCUCCGGAGGCCGCCGGAGGAGGCUGCGGCUCCGAGGAUUCUGCGUCUUCUCCCCGUGCGGCUGCCGCCGCUGCCAGGCCUCUGGCUGCUGAGGAGAAGCAGGCCCCGCCGCUGCAACCAUCCAGCAGCCGCCGCAGCAGCCAUUACCCGGCUGCGGUCCAGAGCCAAGCGGCAGCCGAGCGAGGGGCAUCAGCCACCGCCAAGUCCAGAGCCAUUUCCAUCCUGCAGAAGAAGCCCCGCCACCAGCCGCUUCUGCCAUCUCUCUCCUCCUUUUUCUUCAGCCACAGGCUCCCAGACAUGACAGCCAUCAUCAAAGAGAUCGUUAGCAGAAACAAAAGGAGAUAUCAAGAGGAUGGAUUCGACUUAGACUUGACCUAUAUUUAUCCAAACAUUAUUGCUAUGGGGUUUCCUGCAGAAAGACUUGAAGGCGUAUACAGGAACAAUAUUGAUGAUGUAGUAAGGUUUUUGGAUUCAAAGCAUAAAAACCAUUACAAGAUAUACAAUCUAUGUGCUGAAAGACAUUAUGAUACCGCCAAAUUUAACUGCAGAGUUGCACAGUAUCCUUUUGAAGACCAUAAUCCACCACAGCUAGAACUUAUCAAACCCUUCUGUGAAGAUCUUGACCAAUGGCUAAGUGAAGAUGACAAUCAUGUUGCAGCGAUUCACUGUAAAGCUGGAAAGGGGCGAACUGGUGUAAUGAUUUGUGCAUAUUUGUUACAUCGGGGCAAAUUUUUAAAGGCACAAGAAGCCCUAGAUUUCUAUGGGGAAGUAAGGACCAGAGAUAAAAAGGGAGUAACUAUUCCCAGUCAGAGGCGCUAUGUGUAUUAUUAUAGCUACCUGUUAAAGAAUCAUCUGGAUUAUAGACCAGUGGCACUGUUGUUUCACAAGAUGAUGUUUGAAACUAUUCCAAUGUUCAGUGGCGGAACUUGCAAUCCCCAGUUUGUGGUCUGCCAGCUAAAGGUGAAGAUAUAUUCCUCCAAUUCAGGACCCACACGACGGGAAGACAAGUUCAUGUAUUUUGAAUUUCCUCAGCCUUUGCCUGUGUGUGGUGACAUCAAAGUAGAGUUCUUCCACAAACAGAACAAGAUGCUAAAAAAGGACAAAAUGUUUCACUUUUGGGUAAAUACAUUCUUCAUACCAGGACCAGAGGAAACCUCAGAAAAAGUAGAAAAUGGAAGUCUAUGUGAUCAAGAAAUUGAUAGUAUUUGCAGUAUAGAACGUGCCGAUAAUGACAAGGAAUACCUAGUACUUACUUUAACAAAAAAUGAUCUUGACAAAGCAAAUAAAGACAAGGCCAACCGAUACUUUUCUCCAAAUUUUAAGGUGAAGCUGUACUUCACAAAAACAGUAGAGGAGCCAUCAAAUCCAGAGGCUAGCAGUUCAACUUCUGUUACACCAGAUGUUAGUGACAAUGAACCUGAUCAUUAUAGAUAUUCUGACACCACUGACUCUGAUCCAGAGAAUGAACCUUUUGAUGAAGAUCAGCAUACACAAAUUACGAAAGUCUGAAUUUUUUUUUUAUCCAAAAGGAUUAGAACAACAUGAAACAAACUUGAAUAAACUGA